CGGGCGGGCGCGGGGAAAAUGGCGGCGGCAGCAGCGAACGGGACUGGAGGGAGCAGCGGGAUGGAGGUGGAUGCGGCAGUGGUCCCCAGCGUGAUGGCCUCGGGGGUGACGGGCAGUGUCUCGGUCGCGCUGCACCCCCUCGUCAUUCUCAACAUCUCAGAUCACUGGAUCCGCAUGCGCUCGCAGGAGGGCCGGCCCGUGCAGGUGAUUGGGGCGUUGAUCGGGAAACAGGAGGGCCGGAAUAUCGAGGUGAUGAACUCCUUUGAGCUGCUGUCCCACACCGUGGAGGAGAAGAUUAUCAUCGACAAGGAAUAUUAUUACACCAAAGAGGAGCAGUUUAAACAGGUCUUCAAGGAGCUGGAGUUCCUGGGCUGGUACACUACAGGGGGGCCGCCUGACCCAUCUGACAUCCAUGUUCACAAGCAGGUGUGUGAGAUCAUUGAGAGCCCCCUCUUUCUCAAGCUGAACCCCAUGACCAAGCACACAGAUCUUCCUGUGAGUGUGUUCGAGUCAGUCAUUGACAUCAUCAACGGAGAGGCCACCAUGCUGUUUGCAGAGCUGACCUACACCCUGGCCACUGAGGAAGCAGAGCGCAUUGGGGUUGAUCAUGUAGCACGGAUGACCGCAACCGGUAGUGGCGAGAAUUCCACAGUGGCUGAACACCUGAUUGCACAGCAUAGCGCCAUCAAGAUGCUACACAGCCGCGUCAAACUCAUCUUGGAGUAUAUCAAGGCCUCGGAAGCGGGCGAGGUUCCCUUUAACCAUGAUAUCCUGAGGGAGGCCUAUGCACUGUGCCACUGCCUUCCUGUGCUCAGCACCGACAAGUUCAAGACCGACUUUUACGAUCAAUGCAAUGAUGUGGGGCUCAUGGCCUACCUUGGCACCAUCACCAAAACAUGCAACACCAUGAACCAGUUUGUAAACAAGUUCAACGUCCUGUAUGACCGGCAAGGCAUCGGCCGACGGAUGCGGGGCCUCUUCUUCUGAAGUUGCCCAAAGGACAUGGCCAGGGUGUGGACACUAGCCAGAGGGAAGGGGCACUUACUUCCUCUAGACAAAACUGGUCACUAAUAAAUGGAAGCACCCCCA